AUGGUUCUCUUAAAAGCAAUUUAUCAUUCAAAAACCUUUCCUAAAGCUCGUUUUUAUCUAUUUUAUAGGUCUUUUCAAAAAACUGCGUCAAAAAUCAACGAAUAUACGAAAUUUUCAUUGUCACAAGCCAAUGGAGUAAACGUUAUUUCUAGAGACUUAGGAGGUUCUGGCACAUCUUUAUCUAUUAUUAUACGUUCAGGAAGUAGAUAUGAGCCUAUCCCAGGCCUUGCACAUUUGUUACAGCGUUUUGCGUUCAAAAAUACGGAAAGAAGAUCGUCAUUACGGAUUGUCCGGGAAACUGAAUUGUUAGGUGGAAAUGUUUUUUCUGAUAUUUCUCGUGAAUAUUUGACACUUUCUGCCCAAUUUCUUCGUGAAGAUUUGGCUUAUUUUGUUGAGCUGUUGGCCGAAGUGCUAACAAAGACACGAUAUAAUGUAUACGAGCUUGAUGAGACAGUAUUACCAUAUGCUUUAGCUGAAAACAGAAAACGUUAUUUUACACCCACUAUGUUUGGAUUUGAUGCACUGCACGAACUAGCAUUUCGUCGAGGACUUGGACGGCCACUUUUAACAAACGAAAGAAAUUAUGCUACGGUCGAAAUGGUUAAAAAUUAUGCUGAAAAAUCAUACGUUAAAAACAAUAUUGUCGUUUUGGCAACAAAUGCAAAUCAAUCAGAGCUAGUGGAUCUUGUAAAAGAAUAUUUUGAUAUUCUUUCACCCGGAAAUGCAGCAUUGUCUCCUAAAAGUGUUUAUUAUGGAGGCGAAAAUAGAAUACCCUUUAAAUCUCCUAUAGGUCAUUUUUUGAUUUCAUUUCCCAGACCAGCUGGAUUUGUACCUCUUUCUGAUGAAUAUUUUUUAUUAAGUUAUUUACUUGGUAUGGGGUCUCGAAUUAAAUGGUCAUAUGAAAAUUCUCCUUUUGGUAAUAUUGAAAAAAGUUUUUCGAAUGGUACUACAUUACUGUCAAAUAAUUUUGAAUAUUCUGACAUGGGAUUAUUUUGUAUACAUGUUUAUGGACCAGUUAAUACACUUGAGAAGGCUGUUAAAUCUUUUGUUGGGACACUAAGAUCUAUAGUUAAAGUAAUUAAUGAUGAAGAUAUAAGAAAAGCUAUUUCUCAAGCAAAAUAUUCAUUAUUGGAUUUAGAUACUAAAAGAAUUAAAGUACACCAAGAUAUGGGUUUCUAUUAUCUUUCUUCUGGAUCUCUUCUUGAUUAUGAAUCUAUUAUCUCUCGUAUUGAAAAAAUUACUGUGACUAAAAUGAAAUCUGCUAUAUCUAAAAUGAUUGAAGCAAAACCGAGUGUAGUUACGAUUGGGGAUACGACUCUUUUACCAUACUAUGAUGAACUGUAA